UUGCUCCUGGGCCCGGGGGCAUUCCUGCCUCGGCCUGAGGACAGGCGUCAGCCCCCAUUUCUCGACCAACUCUAUACGAGCAAUGGUGGCUGUUCAACGUCAAUGUGUCAUUGGGUCGUAGCUGGUGUGUCUUCGCAAUGGAUAUGCGGCGAAGAAGCCGGCUGGCCCGCGGCGCCCCCCUCCGGCUGGUGGCGCUCGCGGCCGCCACCACUUUACUCUUGCGCCAUGUCGCGCUCUCGUGCUGCGGCUAACCGCUGCCACUACGCCCGCUUUUCGUUCUGUAGCGCACCCGCGCUAUCUCGCAUAAUGGACUUAAAGCAUUUGGCGCGGCGGGCGCAUCGCUCACGGUCGUUAGAAAAGGCGCAACGCUGUCUCCUAUCACCUCCGCUCCUUAUAGCCGUCUAA